GUGGAUUGUCCCUCAAGCCAACAGCUGGCAGUAUGGAUUCUAUGAAGUCUGAUAUGGCUGGUGCAGCUGCCGUAAAGCAAAGUGAGUUCAAACUGCACUCCAAGCUACCCACACUUAUAGAAUGUGCUGACAAGCCAGUAGAGGCAUGUGACUCUAUAUCUGGUGCUAGACCAGGUGCUAGAAGAGAGGUCAUGGAGAGCUAUAUGAAGCGAAUCACAGAACUAGAGCAGAUAGCAGGAAGCUACAAAGGUGUAGAGAAAGCCUAUGCUAUUCAAGCAGGAAGAGAGCUUAGAGUCAUAGUAGAGAGCGAUAAAAUCAAUGAUAAAGAAUCAGAAGAUUUAUCAUUCGAAAUAGCGCAGAAAAUACAGAAUGAUAUGACCUAUCCUGGCGCCACUGACAAGGAAAUUAAAGAUGCUUAUAGAAAACUGGCUAUUAAAUUUCAUCCUGAUAGAAAUCAAGGAGAUAAAACUGCGGAAGAAAAAUUUAAGGAGGCUGCGGAAGCAUAUGAUGUCCUCGGCACAGCUGAAAAAAAGCAAAAAUACGAUCAGUUCGGUCAUCAAGCAUUUGAUGGCAAUGGCGGAUUCGGUGGUGGCGGAUUCGGUGGCGGCAGUAUGAACAUGGAAGAUAUUUUCCGCAACUUUGGAGACGUAUUCGGAGGCGGCGGUGGCGGAUUUGAAGGCUUCUUCGGAGGAUCAGCGCGAGGAGGUACUAGAAGCAAUAAAGGUUCGAGUAUUCGUAUCACCACUAAACUCACACUAGAAGAAAUAGCAAAAGGAGUAACAAAAAAAGUCAAUAUUCCGCGCAAGACCAAUUGCAAAACAUGCAGUGGGUCUGGAGCUGCCAGUGAGGCUAAUGCCAAAGAAAACUGCAAGCGCUGUAAUGGCUCAGGAGUCAUACGCAAGGUGCAAUCUACUUUUCUCGGUCAAUUCCAAACAGAAACAGUGUGCCCUACCUGCGACGGCAAGGGAGAUGUCAUCCUCAAACCAUGCAAGCGCGAUGACUAUGUCAUCAUUGAUGAACCCUAUGAAGGAAUGCCCGCUCAGCUCGCAGGGCUCAUAGCUGGGGAUAGAAUCAUAGAGAUAGAUGGCAAAUCGAUGAAGGGCAAGAAAACAGAU